AUGUUUGGCUUGCAGGUGGACUGUGGCUUGUUGCUGGAGCCCCUGGGCUUCAUCAAGGUCCUCGAAUGGAUUUUUUCCAUCUUUGUUUUUUCAACAUGUGGAAGCUUUCAUGGUGAGACUACCCUUCUAGUUUCCUGCAGGGGUGUGGUGAACAAAACAGUUACAGCUGUGUUUGCUUAUCCAUUCAGGUUGAAUACUGUUCAGUUUAGUGCACCAGAUUCUAGUCGCUGUGGUGGUACUUGGACUGACAUCUAUCUUGUGGGCAACUUCUCCUCUUCUGCACAAUUCUUUGUUACGCUUGCAGCAUUGGCUUUCCUCUACUGCAUUGCUGCCCUGGUAGUAUAUAUUGGAUAUAAACACGUGUAUCAGCACAACAGCAAGUUUCCACUAACUGACUUAGCUGUAACUAUUGUAACAACCUUUCUGUGGCUGGUCAGUACUUCUGCUUGGGCAAAGGCACUUGCUGAUAUCAAAAUAUCAACAGGGGCUGGCAUUAUUCCACUAAUUGACUCUUGCAGAGCUCCAGAAACAACUUGUCAUUUUGGCUCUGUGACCAGCAUGAGAUCUCUGAAUGUGUCUGUGGUAUUUGGUUUACUUAAUAUGGUUUUGUGGGGAGGAAAUAUCUGGUUUGUGUACAAGGACACCAACUUGCACAGCCAAUUAAUCAGAGGUUCUCAAGUUCCAGGGACAUAUUCAGCUCAAAGAAUAUAA